AUGAAGUUCCACUUGGCCACUUGUCUGGUCUUUGCCCUGACGGCUGCCGAGACAGUUGGGGCAUACAGCUGGUUCAGCAGAGCAGUAUACAACAAAUGGCAUGAGACUGAACUGGAAAGAUGGCUCUCCGACCAUGAUAUUCCCUAUCCGUCUCCUGCUGAUCGUAAAGAUCUUGAAGACUUGGUGAAGAACCAUUGGGAAGCUAACGUGCAAAAGCCCUUGGAACAAGUGGUAGAACACACAUCGGAACAGUGGCAUAGCACUAAGGAAUGGAUCUUUGAUACCUGGUCCGACUCCCAGAUCAAAGCGUUUCUUGACCGGCAUGGUAUCCCCUGCCCUCAGCCACGCAAGCGGGACUCCCUGCUGAAAACUGCGCGUGAGAAUUACGAGAUCGUUGCGAAGAAGCUCGACGAGGCAGCCGCUUACCCAGGCAAUUGGCUUUACGAGCAAUGGUCUGAAUCGGAUCUGAAGCAAUGGCUUGAUGAGCGUGGCUGGCCGGUGCCUCAGCCCACUACUCGAGACAAGCUUAUCGCAUCUGUGCGUCGCAAUGCUAGACUGGCCAGUCUGCAUGCACGCAGCAAGGCUUCCGCCGCCGCCGCAUCCGCGGAAGCCGCACAGUCUACACUGAGUGAAGCACUACUCAACGCUUGGUCCGAUUCUGACUUGAAGAAGUUCCUCGAUGAGCACAACGUCAAGGUGCCGCAAGGCUCUAAACGCAAUGAGCUCCUCGCUCUCGCCAGAAAGCACCGUGCCCUUCUCGUCAGCAAAGCAUCGGCAGCUUCUUCCUCAGCUUCCGACCUCUUUGGAGCCGCAACCACCAAGGCCGGUAAUGAGUACGCUCGAGCAACUAAGGACGCUCAGCUGAAGGGGGAGGAAGCAUUUGACUCGGUGGUUGAGGCAUGGUCUAAUUCCCGACUGAAGGCUUUCCUGGAUGCGCGAGGCGUUCCCGUGCCCCAGGGUAAUAAGCGUGACGAGCUCCUCGCACAAGUCAGGCUGAACAAGCGUAAGGCGGCCACCGGCUGGAGUGUCUGGACUUUUGAUACCUGGACGACCGAUAACCUGAAAGAAUACCUGUCCUCCAUGAAUGCCAAGGUAGCUCACCGUGCCGACGUCACCCGCGAUGAGCUAGUGAAGCAGGCCCAGGAUACGUACGCCAAAGCGUCGAAGGAAGGUGGAUCGUAUCUAGCAUCUGCCACUUCCUACAUGGCACAAGCCACCGAUGCCGCCAAGGAUUCCACUUUUGAGACUUGGUCUCACUCGGAGCUGAAGUCGUAUCUUGAUUCAUACGGCAUCCCUGUCUACCAGGGAUCUACUAUCAACGAGCUGCGCGCUGCAGCCCGCCGAAACGCUCAGUACUUCAAACACGGCACGUCCAGUCCACAGGGAACCAUCUACGCCAAUUUGCGGGAAGCCGCUUACUGGAUUGUGGAUCAGAUCAAGAUCGGGGCGUCAAGUGGCCGCGCGCAAGGCCAGGAAGCGGCAGAGAAAGCGAAGGAGAAACUCUCCGAAGCAGCCGAAGAAAUUCGGUCAGAACUCUAA